AUGGCUUCACCUGCACCCGACUGUCUUGCAUUGGCCUCUAAGCUUUCUGACCUUGCAUCAAAAAUAUCUCCUGGGGAUGACGAGGUCUGGAAAGAGAUUACUCUCACUUCACAAGCUCUGGCGAAUGGGCUACGAACGCGCUCGCCUGAGGACUACCACACCGCUCUCGGUCGGAAGAAGUUGCCACAGACACUUUCGACAAUCCUUCGACAGGCUGGAAAUGGGUCCUCCACCCCAGGCCCUACUCAGGUUCCAGCCAUUUUCGAGAGUCUAAGAGUAGGAGCCAAUCUCUGUAUGGAGCAUGAUGAGAACAGAGGGUAUCUUUUGGACUCGGGCUAUAUCGAUGCAGUCGUUGCCAUACUCAAUUCUUACGCCGAACUCCUUCCUCCAAUUCGACGUGACACUAUCUUCCCACUUUCUGUACCCCAUCUCAACAUCAUCAAGACCUCUAUCGGUGUUCUGCUCAAUGCGUGCAUGGGCUAUGAUCCCGUCAAGUCACAAUUGAUCACAUUGGAAGCACCGACUACCAUAUUGCGCCUCUCUACCGCCAUAUACCCCCCGGGCGCUUGGAUACGGACAAAACCUGAAAACAUAAUUCCCGAUGCUGCUCUUGAGGUAGCCAACGAUACCCUCACGGAGGUUUGGACCAUCCGAAGUACUCUAUCCGAGUGGGCAUGGCGAGCUAUUACCGAAAUCAAGGACGAUGGUCUGUCGCUCGAUCUCUUCGGUCCUGACGAGCUGCCGCUCCUUGUGGUCCCACUAUUUGGCUUCACCCGGCCUUACCCAACACCUACCUCUUUCUUCUCAUCUGACUCGGCGCUCCGACGAGCGCUCCUUAACUGCGACCUAGAAAUCCUGAAAGAGACUUGCUCACUUCUCGAAUCGCUCACCAUCGAUGUUGAAGAUAUCCGGCUAUCUCUAGCUCGCGGGAUGACAUUCCCGGACGAGCAUGGCGGCGUCGGUUGUCUUGCAGAAAUCUUGCGUUUUAUCGAUCAAGGCGACCAUCACCCGUUGUGGGCGAGUGAAUCUCAGGCGGAACAGACGAAGAAACAAAAGGCUUUUGACCUGUAUAAGGCUGCGAUGGUCAAGUCUGUGGUCGAGCUCGCGGGCGAGGAGAAGAAUACGGAUGUACUGUGGGAUGAAUCAGACCCGGAGAAGCCGGGAGGCGUUUUCAUCUCGCAGAUGGUGAAUUGGAUCAAGUCGCAGAAGAAUCUCAAAGAACAGGACCGGGAUGAUCUUGUCAUUUGCGCCACACUCAGUCUGGGGAACUUGGUUCGCUUUGAACGCCACUCGGCUUUCCUGGUCGACGCACCCGUUUCGCUGUCGCCGUUCCUUGCAGCCUUAUUAGAGCCUGACGCCGACAUGAAGGUCAAGCACGGCGUGAUCUCCCUACUCAAGCAUCUCGCGUAUGCACCGGCUUCGAGAGCUCCCUUGGGUGAAGCAGGAAUCGUCUCCCGAAUCAUCGAAUCCAAUAUAUUCAAGGAUACUUCCGACAUCGUUGAGACCAUCCAAAUGUCUGCCAUCGGGACUGUCAAACACCUAUGCACCAACAAUGCCGAUAAUUGUUUCGCUUUGGUACUUCCAUCCAGUGGAGGAUCGUCGGAGGAUACCGGAUUGAACCAGAUCCUGGCGCUGCUACGUCGAUCAGACACCGUCGCCGUCAAGAGUGAAGGCACACGAGUCUUCGUGAACGUCAUCCGUACAUUGUGGUCUCAGGUGACGCCCGCGAGCGAGAAACGAACAGCUUCCAUGAAUGCGAUCACUACACCCUCUGUGGCCCUGGCGCUCGCUCAGCUCAUUGGCAGGAGCAAGAAGUAUCCUAUACUCAUCAACGAGGGCAUGGUUGCGUUGACGCUUCUCAGUCUACAUGGUCGUGGUGCCGACUAUGUUCUCGAUGCCAUCACCACGCCUCUGCCAAAGGAGAUCCAACCAGUCAACCCUCUACAGCCCGAAGAACCUUCGGACAUCACUUCACCCAUCUCAUCUCCCGGUCGCGCACUCGACAUGCUUGUCAGCAUGCUCAGAAGUAGCGAUGCUCGUAUUCGCGAGGAAGUUCGUGUCAACGUCUGUACUUUACUCGGACAAGUCGGCCGGGAGGGCAAUGUUUCGGCUGAGCGGGCGACGGAGCUGGAGAAGAUGAAGGCUGAGGUGAGGCCAGUUUUGGAGAAGGUGUCGACAGCGGGAGAGGAGGAGACGAAGUUGAAGGGAGCAGCGAAGAAGGCGUUGCAUCUGUGGAAAGGAAACAAGGAAUAA